CAUGCUAACUUGGUGACUUCCCAGUACCGAUACCGGGAAUGAUCGACGACAGAGUGGAUGCUCUCACGAGUCGCGCCGACGCGCUACCAUAUCCUAUACCAAUUCUCCCCUCCCGACGACACGACAUGACACCUACAGCAAGAUGGCGAACACCAGAAAGAACAUCGCCGUAGUGGUAGGCGGCUACUCCGGCGAGUAUGACGUAUCCAUCAGCACCGGCAACGCCAUCUACUCCAACGUCGACCGUUCCAAAUAUGCCCUCUACAAGAUCGUCAUCCCCCGCGACCCAAAGGCGGGCUGGUACCACCUGACCGACGACAACUCCCAAAUCCCAGUGGACCGCAACGACUUCAGCGUCAGCAUCCCGUCGAACGGCCAAAACCAAAAAAUCCAGUUCGACCUAGCCUACAUCAGCAUCCACGGCAACCCCGGCGAAAACGGCGUUUUACAGGGUUACUUCGACAUGCUCGGCCUCCCCUACACAAGCUGCGGCUUCUACACCUCCGCGCUAACCGCCAACAAGGGCCACUGCAACCCCGUAGUGCGCAGCUUCGGCAUCGUGGAGGUGGCCAAGUCCCGCCUGCUUCACGCCAACCAAGUCAGCGCCUUGUCCUUCGACGCCGACGCCCUGCUGCGCGAGUUCGAGAAGCUGCCCGUCUUCGUCAAGCCCGCGUCGGGCGGCAGCAGCGUGGCCACCACCAAGGUCAAGAGCCGCGAGCAGGUGAUCCAGGCGGUCGAGGACGCCAUGCGCGAGGACGGCAACGGGCAGGUGUUGGUGGAGGCGUUCAUUGAGGGUCGGGAGUUCGGCUGCGGCGUGAUUCGCGAUGCGGAGGAGGGCAAGCUGCAUGUUUUCCCUAUUACUGAGGUGAUCCCCCACGGCGACAGCGAGUACUUUGACUAUAAUGCCAAGUACAACGGGUCGUCGAGCAAGGUGACGCCUGCCGAGGUGGAGACGGAGGUGAGCGAUCGCAUCAAGGAUGUGUCGGCGCAGUUGUACGAUUUGCUGGACUGUCGCGGCGUAGUGCGCUUUGAUUACAGGUAUAACCCGGAGCAGAAGCAGCUGUACUUCCUCGAGGUCAACACGAUACCUGGCCAGACGCCGGAGAGCAUGGUGCCGCAGCAGGCGCGCGCCGCGGGUAUCAGCACUGCUGACCUCUAUCAAAUAGUAAUCGAGGGUGCCCUGGCGGCGGCAUCGCGAUGAGCCACAUGGAUGGAGGGCGGCGGAUAGAUAGAUACCCGGGCGGCACGUAGAUAGGGGAAAGAAAGUUGCUUUGUGCCAACCUACGGUCCCUGGCUGU